AUGUGGUGCAGCUGCAGCCUCCUCCUCCACAGGGCUCAGAUGGGUGCUGCCUGUGCUCAGCUCCUGUUGGCUGCCACCCUGUGGAUGAUGCCUCACAUGGGAGCCUCUGCUGCCGCUGCUGUGCUGUCGACCUCCACAGAGCUGCUCAACAUGACCAGAGCUGGAGCAGAAACACAGUCUGACUUCAGGAUGCUCACUGGAGCUGUCAGUGCUCCUCGCAGCAGGCGUAAACGAGCCAUUUCAUCCAGAGAGAUCAACGCCCUGCUGGAUUACCACAACCGGGUCCGCUCUCAGGUCUUCCCCACCGCAGCUAAUAUGGAGUUAAUGCUCUGGGAUGAGGGACUCGCGAAGUCAGCUGACUCUUGGGCGUCACGAUGCAUUUGGGAUCAUGGUCCGACACAAGCCAUGAAAUACAUGGGCCAAAACCUGUCAGUCACAACAGGAAGGUACCAGUCCAUCACUGAUCUGGUCAGGUCCUGGUACGAUGAGAGACAUCACUUCUCCUUCCCGAACAGAUGCAGCGGGUCUGUAUGCUCUCACUACACACAGAUGGUGUGGGCGAGCACCAACAAAGUUGGAUGUGCUGUCAGGAAGUGCUCUAAUAUGUUUGUGUUCGGGAGCACCUGGAGGGAGGCAACACUCCUGGUGUGCAACUACUCUAUAAAAGGAAACUGGGUGGGAGAGGCUCCCUAUAAGAGCGGGAAGCCUUGUUCUGUCUGUCCGUCCAGCUACGGUGGCUCCUGCUGGAGAAACCAGUGCUCACCAAACACAAAACCCAAAAGACGUACAAGAUAUUAACAUGACCAAGUGUUUUUAAUUGUGUUUUAAUGGAGGUGAAAGAAAGACAUAAUUCAUGUAAGGUUUAACCAACGGGGCUGCAAAAUAAGACAGUUGUGGCAACAUAUAAAGUGAUGCAGCUGUUCAGUUACCACUAUGUUCAAAGUAAAUCUUUAUUAAUGACUGUUUCACACACAAGUGAGUUGAUGUAGUGGUAUGAAUGUUUAUAUCUGUAUUGCUGUUGGUCAUCCACAGGCCACAAAAAACAAAAUAAUGUUACAAGAACAGAAGUCUUUUAUUGGGUGAAAUAGUUGCCUGUUUUCCUUAAGAGUUUUUGCACUGUUAUUGAUGAAUUUGUUCGUUUUGAGUGACCUUUGAGAAGCAUUCACCAAAAAUUAAGCACUUUUUGUUCUACAGAUUAUACUUGCUGUAACUUUGGAUUUGUUAUUGAUUCUCUUUCUAAUAAUGCUUUGUGUGAAAAACCCUCGAGGUAUUCCCACAGUAAACUGAAAUGUGUUUGAUUCAUGAUUGUUGGUUUGGCUGACUGAACAAUAAUUAAGUUAUAAAUAACUGAUGACGCUGUAUAUCCCUAUAAAUAAUCUGCUGUUCACUGCUUGUGUUUAUUCACUGCUGCUGCAGGAAAUUUUCUGUCCUGCAUUUCACCUCAUUACAUCUCUCGGUUCGCCCCUCAGGGACUCUCUCCGUCAUAAAACAGGGGACUAAUGCAGCUUUUAUGGUCUAAAAUACGAGGGAAUCAGCUGUGCCUUCUAGCAAAUUCAUGAAAACACACACA